AUGCCUCUCUGUUCCAAUGGACUGGGACAGGAAUCAGGGAUGUUUUCUUGCAUGAUGGAUUUACACAAAUACCCGCUAGAUAAGCAGAUCUGCGACAUACGUCUGGAAAGCUAUGGACACAGCGCAGCCACACUGAUUGUUAGGUGGCGGGAAUCUCCAGCAGAGAUCUCUAAAUCCCUGCGCCUUCCGCAGUUUGACAUCAAUCUGCUUAGAUCCUUCCAUUGUGAUCAGCAGUAUAUGGGAAUAAACUACACCUGUAUCGGGCUGGACAUACACCUAAUGAGAAACAUAGGAUACUACUUGACACAGACCUACAUCCCGUGUAUAUUAGUCGUAAUCCUCUCCUGGGUUAACUUCUGGCUCAGCGUCGACGCGGUACCCGCCCGAAUUUCCUUAGGUCUCCUUACGGUUCUCACGAUGACGACACAGAGUUCCGCUGCCGUUAGAGGCCUGACAGUUGUGUCAUAUGUCAAGGCCAUGGAUGUGUGGGUCUUUGCUUGUUUAUUUUUUGUUUUUGCCGGACUUUUGGAGUUUGCUUGGGUCAAUGUAUCAAAUAGAGUAGAAAGUCGACGGAAGUCCAUAACAGAUUUACCGGCCCUGGUGAACGGAAAGGUAUCAAGUUCUCCAACAAAGGAGUCUCCGAAACAUAGAGACGGGUUUUUCUUUAAACCAUCGAAAAACCGAGAAAAGGCCAGAAACAUUGACCGAGUCUCUCGUUUUUUGUUCCCCAUAGCAUUCAUUUUGUUCAAUGCUGCGUACUGGUCUAUUUACCUAGUUCUCUGGGAGCCCGUCCAGGACAAGCACGAGGAUAGCGAAGGAAUCACCAUUCCAGUAAACCUUAACGACUCAUGAUGACGUCAUGUAAUGACGUCAUGUGACGUCGUAAAAGCUUAAUUUGAUUGUGUUCACAAAAGAUUUUUUCAAAAUAGUUUUCCAUUUUUGUGUUCAUGGAUGAUUUUCUUGGAGAUGAGGAAAUCC